UUUCAGGCCGAAGAACGGCAGCAUCAUCCUGUACAACAGGAAGAAGGUGAAGUACAGGAAGGACGGAUACUGCUGGAAGAAAAGGAAGGAUGGAAAAACGACGAGAGAGGACCACAUGAAGCUGAAGGUCCAGGGCAUGGAGUGCCUGUACGGCUGCUACGUCCAUUCCUCCAUCGUGCCAACAUUCCACAGACGAUGCUACUGGCUGCUGCAGAACCCAGACAUCGUGCUGGUCCACUACCUGAACGUGCCGUCCCUGGAGGAUUCUGGGAAAUGCAGUCCGUUGCUGUGUGCCGUGGCUGACCGCCAUGACAGCGUGAGGUGGAGCCGAGACGACCUGCUGAACCAGCUGAAGCCCAUGU